AUGGAGAUCUCCCUGGACGCGCUGCUGGGCGUGCAGCGGCACGGGCAGGACCUGGCCUACAGGCUCGCGCAGGGCGUCUCGGGCCUCCUCCUCCACGUGCAGCCGCCGCAGCACCCGUGGCCCGCCCCGCCGCUGCCGCUCAAGCUCAUCCCCUUCGACAUCGAGCUCCUCGCCGUGCCCUUCGUCGGCGGCGGGGGCGUCGACCUCCCCGCCGUGGCCGUCGCCUCCUUCGUCGAGAUCGGCGGCCGGCUCGGGCAGGCGGGCUCCGACCUCGGCGGCUCCAUCGGCGGCGUCGUGCAGCAGCUGUCGCGGCAGAUUCCCGUGUCGUUCCGCGCGGAGGGUGCCCGACGCCGGAACUGGGAGGGGGCCACUGCGUCGCCAACGCCUGCCGCGUUGCACGAGGGGGAGGCGGGGCUCGCUGCGGAGAGGGCUGCCGAGGGCUGCGGGGUAGCCUUGGAGGGUGUCGGGGAAAGGGAUUCCCUCGAGGAGGUGGUUGCGGCGGUCGCGGCGGCCACUGGAAGUGCCGUCGCCGCCAGUGCGGUCGGUGUCAGGGCUGACGGUGCGGAUGGGUCGGAUGAAGACGAAGACGGGUUCGAGUUCGAGAUUGGGACUCUGGGGAGAUUUAUGAAGCCUCAGAUUUAUGAUGGGUUUUUGUACAGGUUUAGAGUGUAAUUGUACUGGGUCUGCGGUGCUGAAACACAUUCAAUAUGCUCAAGUACACAUCAGAACACCUGUAAUGAUGAUGAUGCAGGGGACUGUAAAUGUCUCGGCAAUGUACAAUACAAGGCACCACACUGUUGAUAGUUCAGUUGUUGCACGUGGAGAUUUUUGAAGGUUAGAAUCAUCACGAGGUGGUUCAACUAAUGGAAAUGACAAUGCACCUGGUUUCCUUAUUCAGUUGGGUCCCUUACUUUUUGUGCGAGACUCUACAACACUUCUUUUGCCUAUUAAUCUGUCAAAGCAACACCUCAUUUGGUAUGCUUAUGAUCACAAGGUACUUCUCUUA